CAGCGCCAACAGCGCUCGACAGUUGCUCCGUUCAGUGACAAUCUGGCGUCUGCUCCGAAGUAUUGUUAUCGUUUGCGAGAAAGCUGGCGUGAAAUUGCGCGUGUAGGAGCGAGCGUCGUCCGACUUUCGUUCGCGCGAAAAAACCGCCUCGAGGUAUCGAUAACUUCGCUUCGAGCGAGGCGAGUAGGAGACCCGCGUCGCGUCGUCGAAUCUGCGGACGGCGGAGAAGCGACAACUUCAGGCGCGUCCCUUCGCUCAUCUCGGAGCGGCGGGCUCCCGAUCCUCUCGGCCGAUCUCCCGCUUAUUAGCGUCAGCCGCGCCAAGCGGAUCGCACGAGUCGUCGUAUCGUCCGCGUUUUCUUCCGCGCGGACUCUUUUCGUCGGCGAGAAUCUCGAGAGGAGGAAGGAAGCGACAUGGGAACGUUGUGCUACAACUUCGCCAAGUACGCGCUGGUGGCCGUCAGCCUCGUAUUUUUGAUUAUCGCGAUAACGGUGAUAGCCCUGGCAUCAUGGAUGCUGACAGACAAGACAUUCUUGGUGUCGAUCGCUCAAGAGGGCAACAAUUACGACGCGGGUCUUUAUAUGCUGCUCACCGCUGGUAUCCUCAUGUUCAUUGUUGCCUUCCUAGGCUGCUGCGGCGCUUUGAAGCACUCUCGGUGUAGUCUAAUCAUAUUUUUCGUCGUCAUACUCGUCAUCAUAGUGGCCCAAAUAGCUUUCGCAGGCUGGCUCUACACUCAUGGCGAUCGUCUAGACGGACUAUUGAGAUCUUCCGUGAUAAACACUGUUAAGAAGGAAUAUGGCGAUGUGGAAUCUCGUACCCAAAUCAUGGAUGCGAUUCAAUCCGGUCUUGAAUGCUGCGGGGCCACUGGACCUGCGGAUUGGGCCGGUAGCAAGUACGCGAGCAAGGAUCCCUCUCUUCCAAUUAGCUUGACCGUCUCCAACGAUGCCAACAACGUAUUCAAAGUACCAGAAUCGUGUUGCAGAAAUAUAGGCACUGUUGCCUGCAAUGAGGGUCGUAACAUGAAAGUUGCCGGAGUAACAAAUGACUCGAUCUUCAGCGAGGGAUGCACGCAAAAAUUGGUGGACACGCUGAAAGGUCAAACUUAUCACGUGAUGAUUACGGCGAUAUUGAUUCUGAUCGUAGAGAUCCUUGGUCUGAUACUCGCUUUAAUUUGUUGCUGCGAAGGCGGCGCGUCGGACAGAUACAAAGCUUAAACUGAUUUAUCAUACAUGUCACGUAAGAAUCUCUUCGUCUUGUUGAAUUCCUUCCCACGUCCCAUAGUAAUGCCGUACAGAAAAUAUCAAACUUUUAUUUUCCCGUGCCAAUGCUAUAAUAAUAGAUACUUUGCAAAUUGUGUUUUGAUCAUACCGUAUGGACGAAAUAUUCUUCUGAUUGGUACAAAGCACAUUGGGUAAGUAACUAUUUCUUAGGCUGUAUCAUCAUCUUGUCCGAAUUGGUACGCGUUAUUCUGGGACCAAUUCAAACUUUGAGACAUAUAUUAUAUAAAUAUAUAUAUAAUAUAAUAGAAA